CCUUUGCACCUGCUCGUGCAAAACACUGCUAUUCCAUUAGUCCAAACCGAUCGUGGCGGUCAAAUUACAUAUCAUGGUACUGGGCAAUUGGUGGCUUAUUUAUUGAUUGAUAUCAAACGGCGCAACUGGUUCGUCAAAGAUUUUGUGUAUCACAUUGAAACCAUCAUGAUCAAUACGUUAGCAAAAUUUGAUGUGCCUGCAGUGCGUCAUGAAAAUGCACCGGGAGUCUAUCUCAAAAUUGAUCAAGGUCAAUUGUUUCAUGAGCUUAAUGGCGCUAAAAUUGGCGCAAUUGGUUUAAAAAUUAAACAAGGUUGUUCGUACCACGGCUUAUCCUUAAAUGUUGCCAUGGAUUUACAACCGUUUUCAUGGAUUAACCCUUGUGGUUACGCAGGACUUAUCACGACCGAUAUGGCCAGCAUCAACCAAGCCCCUCCCCCUUUAGCAACCCACACAACACUAGAAAACCCACCGUUAUCCCCUAUUUUGGGAGAAGUUCUAGUACAAUUGCAGCAUCAAUUAAGCUUGCCCGCCCCAUCGGGACCUUUUAUGUCCAGCGAAAAACCUGUUACCGAACACAUUAUCGACACCCAUUUAUUGCUUAAACACCAAAAGGGGCAAGCUAAAACCGCGCGCAUUCCGAUUCCUGUGGUGCAAACAGAGAAACUCCCCAAGCCCGAGUGGAUUCGUGUGAAAUUGCCAACAGGGAAUACUCAAUUUAAUCAGGUCAAACAGAUUUUGCGUGAACGCAAUUUAUUUUCCGUUUGUGAAGAAGCCACUUGCCCCAAUAUUGCCGAAUGCUUUGGCAAAGGCACAGCAACCUUUAUGAUUAUGGGGCAACAAUGCACAAGGCGUUGCCCUUUUUGUGAUGUCGGUCAUGGUCGCCCCGAGCCGCUUGACCUUGAUGAGCCCCGUAAAUUAGCAGAAGCCAUCGCUGCACUUAAACUCAAAUACGUUGUGAUUACCAGUGUCGAUCGCGAUGACUUAUUAGAUGGCGGCGCAGAACAUUUUGUUAAUUGUAUUCAAUCAAUUAGGUGUUUAUCCCCCCAUACUAAAAUUGAAAUUCUCACCCCCGAUUUCCGUGGCAGGAUGGAUCGCGCCUUAGAUAUUUUGUUUCGUGCCCCCCCUGAUGUCAUGAAUCAUAACCUUGAAACCGUGCCCCGCCUUUACAAGGCGGUUCGGCCC